GGGGAGAGGCGGUGUAUGCGCGUUGCCAGGGAAUGGGCGGGGCGUGAGGUGGUGUUUCCGGUUCCGGUGGGGGGGGUGAUAGCGACGCGUGUGGACCCGCGUGGAGUGAACGGCGGGAUGAGGCCUGGGUUCAGCCCCCGGGGGGGACGCGGUGGCUUCCGGGGCGGCCGAGGUGGCCCGCGGGGCCGGGGGGGCAUGGCCGGGGGGCGUGGCCGCGGAGGCCCCGCCCGCGGAGGCCCCGCCCACCGAGGCUCCACCCCCCGGGGCCGGGGGGGACGCGGUGGCUUCAAGGGGGGACGCAAAGUGACGGUGGAGCCGCAUCGGCACCAGGGCGUGUUCAUUGUGAGGGGCCGCGAGGAUGCGCUGGUGACGCGGAACCUGGUGCCCGGGGAGUCGGUGUACGGGGAGAAGAGGAUCAGCGUGGAGGAAGGUGACACAAAGGUGGAAUAUCGUGCCUGGAACCCCUUCAGGUCCAAACUCGCCGCUGCCAUCCUGGGUGGCAUCGACCAGAUCCACAUGGGACCCGGGUCCAAGGUCCUGUACCUGGGGGCGGCCUCGGGGACAACGGUGUCACACGUGGCCGACAUCGUGGGGCCGGAGGGCCUGGUCUACGCCGUGGAGUUUUCCCACCGUUCGGGCCGCGACCUCAUCAACGUGGCCAAGAAAAGGACCAACGUCAUCCCCGUCAUCGAGGACGCGCGGCACCCCCACAAGUACCGCAUGCUCGUCGGGAUGGUUGACGUCAUCUUUGCGGACGUGGCCCAGCCCGACCAGACGCGAAUCGUCGCCCUCAACGCCCACAACUUCCUGCGCAACGGGGGGCACUUCGUCAUCUCCAUCAAGGCGAACUGCAUCGACUCGACGGCGCCGGCCGAGGCGGUGUUUGCGGGGGAGGUGCGGAAAAUGGCCUCGGAGCGGAUGAAGCCGCAGGAGCAGCUCACGCUGGAGCCCUACGAGAGGGACCACGCGCUGGUGGUCGGCGUCUACCGGCCCCCUCCCAAGCAGAAGUGACAUCAUCGGUGACAUCAUCAGUGACAUCAUCAUCACCCCCAGGCGUUUUGGGGCAAAUUCGGGCGGUUUUGGGUUGUUUGGGGGGGGGGGGGGGGG